AUGCACAGCCUGGCGAAGGGGACGAGCCGCGGCCACGUGGCGGUGUGGGUGGUGGAGGUGGUACGCGACAAGGAGGUCAGCAAGGACGUUCUACUCACCGCCAUCGAAGACGCGCAUCAAUGCGCCUUCCGCGUCGCCUUCAACCUCGUUUCCGUCUUGACUGCAGUCCCGUCGCCCACGGGUGGCGAGCUCCCGAUCUCGCAGGCGGACGCGCGGUCGCUGCAGCAGGCGGAGAACAACAUCUUCCAGAACAUCCUCGUGCCCUUCAAAACCUUCUCCGAACGCAAGCAUAUACCAGCAGCCAUGCACGUGGAGAAGAAUGAUAGGCGGGAGGAGGGGCUGGUCCACGUGGCAACCUCCUUCCAAGCCACCCGCCUCUACAUCGGCGCCAAGAAGAAGCUCUUUGGCAAGUCAUCCCAAGUGCCGGACUACUGCAGCGGCCACCUACCAGACACAUGCACGCUCAUUGUCGUGCAGGGCGGCCGCAAGGUCAGAGAAGCGCCAGGCGCCGCCGGCCCUCCUCCCAACCUGCCCUCGCGCUCCGCCCGCUACAACCCUCCUCUCCCCCAGCAGCAAUCCCAGCGCGCCGAGCCCUCACACCCCUCCCCAUAUGGCCAAGCUCCCUCUCCCCAUUAUCCUGCCCAGCAAACGCAGCGGGCUCAGCCGCCCCUGCAAGCCUUCCCGGCGCAGCAGCAGGCACAGCAGGCUCAGCAGGCACAGCAGGCUCAAUACGCCCAGCAAGCCCAGCAGGUUCAGCAGUCACAGCAGGCUCAGCAGGGCCAGGGAUAUCUGCCACGGGCUGGCAGUGGUAGCGGGUCCGAUGGCACUGCUGCUGGUCCUGCUGCUGCUGCGGAUGUUGGUAGGGGAGGCGGGGGAGGGGGAACAGGGGGUUCAUCUCAAGUUUCUAGCGCCCUCAGCUCGCCCACACAGAGCCCGCCUCUCUCCCCGCCCUCCCGCUCUGCUUAUACCAGUAUCUGUGACUCCGCUGUUGCUGCUGCUGGUGCUGUCUCUCCUGCUGGUGUGGUUUCACCCUGGGGAACGGUAGGCGGUGUGAAUGGGUUAGGAGGGAUGGGUGGCAUGGGUGGGAUGGGUCCCAUGGGUGGCAUGGGUGGCAUGGGUGGCAUGGGUGGCAUGGGUGGCAUGGGUCCCAUGGGUCCCAUGGGUGCGAUGGGUGGUAUGGGCCCCAUGGGUGGUAGUAUGGGUGGGGUAGCUGGCGCUGGUGGCAUGAAUGCCAUGGGUGGCAUGGGUGGGUUGAGUGGCAUGGCCGGCAUGGGUGGCAUGGGUGGCAUGGGCGGCAUGGGCGGCAUGGUCGGAGUGGGCGGCAUGGGCGGAUUCGGUGGCGGCAUGGGCGGAUUCGGUGGCGGCAUGGGCGGAUUCGGUAGCGGCAUGGGCGGCAUGGGAGGCAUAGGCGGUUUCCCAGCUUCUUCGUCUCUUGUUGGUGCCCCCGCUCUCACCCAUCUCUCCUCCAGUCCCACUGACAGCCAUAGCACAGGCACUUCCUCGCUUCCCGGAUUCUCCACAACUCCUACCACCAUGGGUACUAAUGCUGCUGCGGCAGGCGGUUUUCCGAGCCAGGGGAUGCUUCCAGGCUUGGGAACAGACUCGGCGACAGGUUCGGGAGGACCGGGCGGCCAUGGGGAGGGGCCGCAGUGGAAUGUGUACCAGCAGAUGCUGAGGGCGCAGCACACACAGCUGCAACAGCAUCAACAGCAGCAGCAGCAGCAGCAGCAGCAGCAGCAGCAGCAGCAGCAGCAGCACCAGCAGCAACAGCAGCAGCAGCAACAGCAGCAGCAGCAGGCAGGAGGGAAGCAGGCAGGAAUGGUUUCUCCAGAUAAGGCAUUUCCUGCGGACACACGCACUGGGACCACCACUGGUGCUGCUGCCCCUAGUGCUUCCGCUGCUGCUGCUGCUGUGGCUGCAGGGAUGGCAAGAGAUGGCAGUGUGGGCAACAGCAGCACAGGCAGCACUGCUGACUGUCAUUUGCCAAGAGUGGACUCUGCCCCUGGGCCUCUCCUUUCUGCCCUUGGGGUUACUCCCAGUGACACCCCUUCUGCCCUCGGGGUUACUCCUGGUGACACCCCUUCCGCCCUAGGUGUUACACCGAAUCGCUCCCCUUCCCCUCUUGGUGUUGCUCCGACCACCAUCCCUCCUGCAUCCAGCGUCACUCCAAGUAGCAUCGCCACCACCACCAACCUCGCCACUCCCUCUGCCCUCCCUUCAACAGCACCAUCAGCGCCAGGCAUAACCCGCAUGGGAAUUCCUGGCAUGCCUCCUGGGUUUGGCUUUGGCGGAGCUCCCUUUGAUUUCACCGAGCUUCUAGCCGAGCUGGCUCGGCUGCAAGAACAGGCUCGGGCAGCCCAGCUCGCCGCCGAACGUGCCGACCAGCAGGCUCGGGAGGCUCGGGAGGAGGCUCGGAUGGCUCUGGAGAACGCCCGAGCCGAAUCCCAGCGGCGCUUAGAAGCCGAACUAGAAAAAGAAUUAGCUAAGCGUCAGGCGGAGGAGGAGGCAAAACGGGCGGCGGCAGCGAAAGAAGAAGCAGCGGAGGCAAAAAAGGCUGCAGCAGAGGCAGCAGCAUCAGCGGCGGCCACUCUGGUGAAAGCGCAGGAGGAAUAUGCGUUAGAGCGGCUAAAGAAGCAGCAGGAGUUCCGGGAAUACUCUAUAGAGGAGCUUGAGGCAGCUUGUAACGGGUUCAGUGAGGAGAACCUGGUGGGCGAGGGCGGGUACGGGUCGGUGUAUAAGGGCAUGCUAGAGCACUUCCCUGUGGCUGUGAAGGUGCUCAAGAACGCCCAGACCAACCAAGCUCUUAAAGAGUUCAAGAAAGAGGUGGAGGUGCAGAGGGGCCUGCGCCAUCCCACCAUAGUGCUGCUGAUCGGGUGCUGCCACAACCCGCCCUGCCUCGUGUACGAGUACAUGCCACAAGGCUCGCUCUACGACCGCCUUCUCUGCGACCGCGGCUCUCCGCCCCUGCCGUGGAACGUGCGGUUCGAGAUCUUUGAGAACAUGUGCAAGGCGCUUAUUCACCUGCACAACCGUGCUCUUGGAUCUGAACCCAUUCAAUCCAACGUGCUUCUCGACGACAGCGUUGCGGCCAACAAUGUGGAGUUGACUUUUGAGAAUUCAUUUCUCAAAAGUCAACUCCAACGUGCUUCUCGACAGCUGCUUCCCCCUCCUCCCUACCCCAGUGUUCCCGCCAUAGUCCACCUGGACUUAACGCCAGCCAACGUGCUUCUAGACAACAAUUUUGUCGCCAAGCCGGGAGACAUAGGCCUCGCCCGUUUCCUGGUGGGCAUGGACAACGGCCACUCGUUCAUGCGGCAGUCCAUGGCCGUCUUGCAUCUGGACCACAAACCUGCAAACGUCCUCCUGGACAACAAUUUCGUGGCCAAGCUAGGAGACGUGCGGCUGGCCCAUUUCCUCGUGGGCAUGGACAACGGCCGCUCCUUCAUGCAGCAGUCCAUGGCCGUCGGCACCUUCGUCCACUUGGACCUCAAGCCAGCCAACGUCCUCCUAGACAACAACUUUGUGGCCAAGCUAGGCGACGUGGGGCUGGCCCGUUUCCUCGUGGGCAUGGACAACGGGCGCUCCUUCAUGCAGCAGUCCAUGGCCGUCGGCACCUUCGGCUACGUGGACCCGCACUUCCUGCGCACCGGCCAGUUCUCCCGCGAGUCCGACGUGUAUUCCCUCGGCAUGGUCAUGCUGGACAUGCUGAUAGGCAUCAAUGAGUCGUCAGGGGAAAGGGGGAAGAGGGACAGGGAGUUAGAGGCGUUGGAGGAGUGUGAGGAGGGCGGGGACUUGGAGGCGUUGGGGGAGUUGUUAGAUCCGUCGGCGGGGUGCUGGCCGCCACGUGUCGCGCUGCGGUUGGUGCAGCUGGUGCGGCAGAUGGCGCACUACAAGAGGAAGGCUCGGCCGGACCUGAGCAAGCAGGUGAUGGCAGUGGUGGAGGAGCUGCGCCCCUAUGUGGAUGCUGCUGUGGCACUGGAGAGGGCGGAUCGCAUGGAUGACUACCGAGACUUCGUUCCCAACGAGUUCCGAUGCCCCAUCACCAUGGGUAUAAUGGAGAAUCCUGUACUAGCAGCUGAUGGGCACACGUACGAGAGGGAGGCCAUAGAGCAGUGGUUGCGCGUGCACCACACCUCGCCCAAGACUGGCCGCCGCCUCGACAGCAAGGCGCUCACAGACAACAUUGCCGUGCGAUCCAUGAUUGCUGAGUGGCUGGAGCACCGCCUGCAACGCAGAGAGUCUCAUAAUCUUGAAAGCCUGAUGAGUGGCGAGCAAGCAGGCGGUUACCACCCGGGCGGUUACGCCGAUUCUCGGGACAUGCCUCUUCACGGUGCAGGGGGGGUGCACAUGCAGGCAGGGCAGCAGGGGUACUAUGAAGGAGGGGGUGCCGCAUCAGGGGAUUAUAUCAGUGAUGGUGUAGCUAGCGGUGCUCGAAGGUUGCUGGAGCACCCUGCAGCAUAUCAAACGACAUUUCGAUUUGCCUGCUACUCCACUGUGCUCGAGAGCACUGGGAGGAUCGGAGCACUGCAGCACGCAACCUCCCCUUCUCUUUUCGCCCCCGCAGCGCGCGUCAGCUAUGCGGCGGGCGAGGCUUCCCAAUCCGUGCCGCGAGCAGCCUACUGGAGCGUCUCUCGCGCUUCGACCACAGCGGCGGCUUCGGCUGCGGCUAGUAGCAAAGAAAGCGCGAUGAUUGGCCAGACGUGGACGACAGCUCAGCUGGGGCCACGUUUUGGCGGUGUAACCGCUGCGAGCUCAACGAUUGAACGGUUCAAGAUCCAGAUCCGCCCGCAUAACACGGCGACAGCGCGAGUUUUCGAAGAAGAGCCGGAGGAUCACGCACACAGCAGCAAGCCCAAGGCGGAAAAUGAGCCUCCGUUGGACAUGAAAAAGAUUGCACGGGAUCCGGACGCGCUUUCACAGUAUUGGGGAAUCAAGCCCAAGCAAUACCUGCGUGAUGAUGGCACGCCCUGGCCCUGGCAUUCCUUCAGGCCCACGGACACCUACACCGCAAACCGAAAGACGGAACUUGACAGGCACUUUCCGGUUACCAGCUUCGGUGACGCUUUCGCCAAGUACCUCGUGAAGUCGCUGCGCUUUCCCACCGACCUCUUCUUUCAGAAACGCUAUGGCUGCCGCGCGAUGAUGCUGGAGACCGUCGCGGCGGUGCCGGGGAUGGUGGCGGGGGUGAUGCUGCACAUGCGGUGCCUGCGCCUCGUGGAGAACAGCGGCGGGUGGAUCCGCGCGCUGCUGGAGGAAGCGGAGAACGAGCGCAUGCACCUCAUGACCUUCAUGCAGGUGUCGAAGCCCACGUGGUUCGAGCGCGGACUCAUAUUCACCGUUCAGAGCGGCUUCGCUGCUGUCUACGGCCUCGUCUACCUCCUCUCCCCACGCAUCGCGCACCGCAUCGUGGGCUAUCUGGAAGAGGAGGCAGUGCACUCGUACACGCAGUACCUCAAAGAGAUCGAUGAGGGGCGCAUAGCCAACGUGCCGGCGCCGCAGAUUGCCAUUGACUACUGGCAGUUGCCCAAGGAUGCGACGCUGUAUGAUGUGGUGCUGUCCGUGCGGGCGGAUGAGGCGCAUCAUCGGGAUGUGAACCACUAUGCAGCGACCAUUAUCAAGGCAGGCAAGCAACUCAAGGAGCACCCAGCCCCGGUGGAUUACCACUGA